CUGAGUGUGGCUCCGUCUUUGGAGAGGGCAUCGGCAGAGAGAAACAUACGGGGCUGAAAUAACAUCUGCUUGCAGAGGACUCUGCAGGACUUGUUACACUAACUAACGCUUCUGUAUUUCCAGGUUUGAGUUUGGAUUUGCUUUGGAAGUCACAGAACAGUUGCUGCCUCGUUCUACCUACAUGCAACUUUUAAUGUAGUAGUAUUAUCACAAACAGGAAAAAAAAGGUAUGUACUCAUAUAAUGCUAAUUUAGUUUUGACUAAGACUUAAAUCUUCUCAAAGUGGCACUGUGCUGAUGUGGAUCAGACAACUAAACUUUCUUGUCUUUUAAAAGGUCCAUAUUUUUACAGGCAUAUACUUUUUUCCUUCUGCUGCCAAGUUUUCAGUGGGUAAUCUGGCAUGUGCUCCCUUUGAGGACUGGCACAAGUCGAAAAGCACUCAGCGUGAUGAAAGCGGUGUACAUUUUCCUGAACACAGGCAAUUGUUGCUCUCUAGUAAUUCCUUUCAUUCAAAGUCUGUCUCAAUGAUUUGUUUUCUUCUCUCCUAAAUGAGGAGCAACACUCAGAGCACAGUGUGAACACUAAGGAGAUAGAUAGGAUAACAAUGGGUAAUUAACAAGGCCUUGGAGCCUCCGUUUUGAAGUAACACCUAGUGAGCUAUGCUGUCAGUAACAAAACAGUUCAAAUCUGAAGCCACAAUUGUGAAAUUGUGUUAGCGCCAUUUAUUGCAAGAGCAAUAUUUUAUUUUGUUUUGAACUCAUUUAGAUGUAUGUAACAGAUUGGAUGGGUGAAGUCACUGAGUGACAGUAUUUGGCCUAGUGGUGUUGUUUUUUUUAGUGUUCAAGAAUAAUAAAUCUGUUAAGAGACAGGCUUUCUUAAACCCUUGGUUGUAUUCAAGUGUCUAUGUUUCUUGUACAAAGGAUGUGGUAUAUACAAUGUCUUUUUAUGAUUCUUGCAACAUAGCCUACUGGGAAUUAUGUUUCCCAUUCAUAUUAUGCCAAAAUAUAUUUUGGGAGGUAACGGGCUUCAAAAGAAGCAUUACAGUAGGUAGACGAGUGAAAAUUGUUAUGUUUACUGAUGUACUGUGCUUGAAGACAGGCUUAUAAGCCAGUGAGGCACUAAUUCACAUGUGUAUUUGUGUGGGUUUUAAGACUCAUGCAGCUUUUUGACAGCACUGCCAGAGAAGUGUCUGUAUGGUUCUGAAACAGUGGGAGCUCUUUGGCUGAGUUAUUUUACCCCAGAUAAAUAAGCUUGUUUUAACUGCUUGCCCAGUGAAAGUAUCUUGCUGCAAACUUGAGAACUGAAUUAAUUUGAAUGUUUUAUUUCAAAGUAUCACAUUUGCAUUUCUGCUUUCCAGCUGCCUUCCUGAGAGACGAGGUGUUAUUCUUAUUUAUCAUAUUCUGGGGGGGAUGACGACGACUUGUACUAGGAACAUGACAACCAGACACAAUAUAAGAUAUUAAUGUUCAUUCCCUUUCUACUCCUCUUCUGAAAGCCCAGUGUAUGUGUAUCAUCAUGAGUAGAGUUUUCUUAGCUGCUCUUCAUUCACCAUGAGGAGAACAGAGCUUUACAGGUGAGGAGCUGAGACAAGCAUAUUACAGCCUUAGAUACCCGAGGGAAGACUGUGCCUCUAUAAUCAAUAUAAAAGUAACCCUCAGCACUGUUCCCUGGAUGUAUUCUUUUGCUUUCAUUUGAGAGAUCCAGGGACAUAAGAAGCUGGAAAGCUCAAGUAAGCUGAAGCUAGGCAGUGAUACUCUGGGAGACCUGCCCAAUGCAGCAAAAUCAGUCCAAAUACAAAUAUGCUAAGUCUCAUUCCUGAGCACAACCAUUUUCUGUCUCUAAAUGGAAGAGUGGAUCUGAAAGCAUUCCUGUAAUGCUUUCGCCUGUCAAGUUAUUGUAAACUGUGUAUGUUUCAUCUUCCUCUUCCCUCAGGAGACAAGUAUCUCCAUUACCUACCAAGAAACGGGAGACUUUGCUCUGAAAAAACUGAUAAACAAGUGUGAAGCAUGAGGAUCAACUCUGCUGUUCAGGCUGUUAUUGACCUCACAGCCGGUGCUGCAGGUGGGACAGCCUGUGUGGUGACUGGCCAGCCCUUUGACACUGCAAAGGUGAAGAUGCAGACGUUCCCCAACUUGUACAAAGGACUUGUUGACUGUUUUGUCAAAACCUAUAAGCAAGUGGGAUUUCGAGGCUUCUACAAGGGAACCACACCAGCACUUGUAGCCAACAUUGCAGAGAACUCAGUUCUGUUCAUGUGCUAUGGAUUUUGCCAACAAAUUGUGAGAAGAAUUGUUGGAGUAGACAGGAAAACAAAGCUCAGUGACCUACAGAAUGCUGCUGCAGGCUCCUUCGCCUCUGCCUUUGCUGCCCUUGUCCUCUGUCCCACAGAGCUGGUGAAGUGCCGGCUACAGGCCAUGCAUGAAAUGCAGUUGUCAGGAAAGAUAACCAAGGGACACAAUACAGUUUGGUCAGUAGUGAAGGGUGUUAUCCAAAAGGAUGGUCCCCUUGGAUUUUAUCGUGGCCUGUCAAGCACAUUGCUGCGGGAAGUCCCAGGCUAUUUCUUCUUCUUUGGAGGGUAUGAACUGAGCCGGACAUUCUUUGCCUCUGGGAGAUCAAAAGAUGAAUUAGGUCCCAUUCAUUUGUUAUUAAGUGGAGGUUUCGGAGGCAGUUGUCUGUGGAUUGCUGUGUAUCCUGUGGAUUGUAUCAAAUCUAGAAUUCAGGUUCUUUCAAUGGCUGGAAAACAGGCAGGCUUUAUGGGAACAUUUGUAACUGUUGUGAGAACUGAAGGUGUGCUUGCCUUGUAUUCUGGACUAACACCAACCAUGAUCCGUGCAUUCGUGGCCAAUGGGGCACUGUUCCUUGCCUAUGAGUACAGCCGGAAACUUAUGAUGAAACAAAUAGAUUCUUACUGAUG